GUCAAAGUAACGUCAGUCAGAGUGCGCGCAAGUUUCUAAACGUGUGGAUGAUUUAAAUGUUUAAUUGCACUAAAUAAAUAAUCGUGUUAAUGUUAUCCUCACUUCAAUGAAUGAACCUUAUUGAAAUAUAUAUUUGAUUAUGUCUCUGGACUAUUCCUUCUGUUGGUCCUAAUUAACUGAGAUUUGUUUUCAAUAAGCAAUGUGUUUAAAAGUAAAUAAGGCCACAUAAUUUGCAUUUUUUACUAAAGUAAUACCUCAAACAUCAAGAAAAUGCGUGACAAAAUAGAUUUUAUGGAUAUCUUGCAACCCCGCAACACGUACUUUGGUAUUGUGAAAUUUAUGACCCGGCCCUGGAUUCCAAAAAAAACAAUGAACCUGGAACGAGAGUAUUUCCCACAGGAUAUAAAAAAUUUAGUCACUAAAUCGGCGUACUUGGAUUCCUAUUUAGAUGCUGAAAGCGCAAGGACUCAUAUAUUGAAGCAGCACUUGCAAAAAGAAGUAAUAAAAUAUAUUGAAGAAAUAGCUAUGGAUAAGCGUAUGCAUGUUAUACGCUGGAUGGGUGUCUUUUUUCUAAAUGUUUCCUUCAUGAUGAAAACUGGCAUUUUUGUAAAUGAAACUGCAGUUUUAGAGCUUAAAAAGACAAUGGGUGACAAUCCAGUAUUAUUUUUACCAACACACAGAAGUUAUGCGGACUUCUGUUUAAUGACAUACCUGUGUUAUCACUAUGAUAUUGAGCUGCCAGCUGUUGCCGCUGGUAUGGAUUUCUACACAAUGGCGGUCGUAGGUCAAAUGAUGCGUGAGACAGGGGCUUUCUAUAUGCGUAGGACACUUGCAGGGGCGCCCUUAUACUCAGCCACAUUGCGGCAGUAUGUCCGCACACUUGUGGCACACUAUGGAGCCCCUGUUGAAUUCUUCCUGGAAGGCACGAGGAGUAGGAGCAAUAAAAGCUUGCCACCGAAGUAUGGAAUGCUAGCCAUGACAUUAGCCCCAUAUUUUUCCCGUGAAGUGGAUGACGUCACCAUUGUGCCUGUCAACAUAAGUUAUGAUCGUAUAAUGGAGCAGGGCCUCUUCGUGUAUGAACAUCUCGGUGUACCCAAACCUAAGGAGACGACUGGGGGUCUUAUCAAAGCAUUACACACUCUCAACGACCACUUUGGUAACAUAUACAUAAAUUUGGGUACGCCAAUGUCUCUGAAAAGCUACUUGGGGCACUCCACCCUAUCACCCGAGACCCUCAAACCACGUGACCUUCAAAAACUGACAGAUGACCAGAUGAGGCUUGUUCAGAGAGUCGCCGAUCACGUGGUCACGUUGCAGCAAGAGAACGCGGUGGUCACGAUCACGAAUCUCCUCUGUAUAGUUCUUAUGGAUAGUCUGUACAAAGGCAGGGCUUUGGGACAGAAUGAAGUGGAAUCGCAAAUCUCCUGGUUGAUAGAAGUACUUCAAAACCUGGGCGCUUCAGUUUUUGAAAGAGAUGUCAAAGGGAACAUGGAGAGAGUUUUGAUUGUACAUAGAACUAUGGUGAAGUUGGAUCGCGAGAAGAGAUUGAGAUUGGUGUCCAGUGCUCUAAUGAAUGUGACGGCUGAUGUGCAGAAGAAGAUGAAAGGCCACAUCUUAAAAGCAGAGACAAUGGUCAAUGCGGUGCCGGUGAUUCAGCUUCAGAUCUACAUAAACCCAGUAUUACAUUACAUGGUACCACCUGCACUCGUACACCUUAUUGUUAGCAGACAUAAUAUAAGGAAAGAUGAAUUGUAUUCAAUUUAUAUUUCAAUUAGAAGACUGCUGAGACAUGAAUUCUUCCAUUUAGAAGAGAAUGAACAGAUGACAUUCGACAAAGCGCUAGAGUACUGCAUACAAACGAAAUUGGUUUUAGUGAAUAACGAUUUGUUGUGCGACGGGUUGGGCGAUCAAUCGAACGACAAGUUGCGCUACAUGUUGCAAUGGGCUUUAUUGCCAACGCUUACAACGCUCCUUUGUUGUAUGGACGUUAUGAACGAGUGUAAAAAAUGUGAACACAAGCAUGCACUAAAGAAGAUACAGGAAAGGCUAGAACAGAAGAGAAGUCAUCCAUACUGUUUAAGUCUAGAAGCAGCCGGUAACUGUUUGCAGGGACUUGUAUACAGCGGCGUCUUGUUCAGGCAUAAAAUGCAACAAGAAAUUGUGUACGAAGCCGUACCAGAAGUUAUUGAAAACUGCCAAAGCCUUGUUAGUUCUAUUUUGCCAAAGUUAGCUGUAGAUUUUUAUAGCAACCCAGUUAUUGUACAUCAAACGCAACGAGCGCGUUUAUAAAAUAGCCAUAGACAAUAUGAACAACAGAUUAUAUCAAGUCAGUGUGUCGAAUAAGAUCUGUGGUUAGGGUUUUUGACUGCUUGUUGGUAUUUGGGACAUAUUUUUUUAACUGUCCGAUUUUUAAGUAUUAUUAGUUAUCACAAAAAAUUGUGAUUUCUAUUUCAGUAUUGUGUUUAUAUUACACGUAAUUUCGGAUAUUGAAAAAAUUAAAUCGAAAUCGAUUUCGUGCGAUGACGUCUUAGUUAUAGAUUUCGAUAUUCGAUUAAAGCCAGUUUCUCGGAGUGAAUUUAGUGGAAAUUAGUACCGAUUUAACAGACUACCACUGCCGGUUCUCAAUUUUUUACGCUGAUUUUCAUGUUAAUUAACGAUCACGAAUGUCCAAAGCUGGGCAUAUUAACAUAUAUUUUUGUAGUUUAUAGCGAGUUUCUUAGAUAAUAAUAAAUUUUUCAUUAAAAAUUACUUUUCCUCCAAAUGUCAAUAAUAAUCUGGCAAUAAUGCAGUAUUUAAAUUAGAAAAAUGCCUUAAUAUGAAGGUAUAAAUAAUUUAUGAGACUAAGACAACGAAACUGUGUUAAAAAGAAUUCAAAAUGAUAAUCUGGUAGUGGUCAUUAAAUAGUUUUAAGACCUUAAUACAAUUUGUUGCCAUGAAUUUUGCUAGUGUUAAAUACAGAAAAAUUUAGUGUUGUUAUCCUCAUAAUAUAUCUCCGAUAACUUGAUGAUGUCAAAUUAAAAUUUAUGAUAUAGUGCUUAAAAUCAACUUCAACACAAACAAAUUUUUUUCAAAGUUUAAUAGCUGUUAAAGUACUGGUGUGGUAAUUUAAUUUAUCAUAAUUGUAGAUAUUUCGUUAUUUUUAUGGAUUUUUCAAAAAAAUCACGAAAAACAUGACAUUGUCCCGUUACGCUCAUUGUACGCUUGCGCCGCAUGUAUCGCUAUCCCACUCGAUUGGCCUAUGCGUCCGAGGAUACACUCUUUCUUUGUAUUCAUACAAAAUAGUGAUAAUUAAAAAAACAUUAUACAAUUUUAUUCAUAAAAGUAUGAAAUCAUUUCAUCAAUGUUUUGUUAUGACGUUGUCACUUUAAACUUUUUUUAAUUGUUAUUAAUUAGAGCUUAAAAUGACGAGCUUAAUAAUGAAUAAUGACAUAUACAUCACCUGUUUGUCAUUAAUCUGUCAAAAUUGUUGACACGCGCGUGAAAUAUUAUGAAUUGUUAUUAUAAUUUCAUUAAAGGUACAAAGGCAUUAGGAAACAUUUCAUAAAAGUUUUGAAUCUACGAUUAAAUAUGAUUUUAACUUAGAAUUUUUUCUAAUUGUUAUAGAUUGUGCCACUAUAGAGCCAAAUACUGUUAUUUUUUAUUAUAAUUUAAAUUAAUUUAAUAACCUGUGAUAGUUCAAAUGUAUUCUUUGUAUAAGACGUGUAUUACUUGUCCUCUCAAUAAAUAAAACGAAUAUUAAAAA